UACUCUGAUCUGGAACAGUGCCACGGCGAGACGACGCCCAGGAUAAGAGACCGGAACGCGCAGCCACAAGCAGAGCAGCCUCGCCGCGGCCACGUCUCGCCUCCCAUGGCCACCAGCUCCGCCGCCACCGCCUCCCUGCACCUCCUCCUCCCAGCCUCCCGCCGCCGCCGCCUCCUCGUCCCUCGGGCCACAACCCACUCCAACUCCGACCCCACCGCCGUCGACCGCCGCCGUUUCAUUGCCCACACUGCCGCCGCAGCCGCCGUUGCCCCUCUCGUCCUGCCUCGAUGGACUCCUACCGCCCGGGCGGACGACGCGCCGGCGCUCUCCGAGUGGGAGCGCGUCUUCCUGCCCAUCGACCCCGGCGUCGUACUCCUCGACAUCGCCUUCGUCCCAGACGACCCCUCCCACGGUUUCCUCCUUGGGACUAGGCAGACCAUACUGGAGACCAAAGAUGGUGGAAACACCUGGUUCCCUCGCUCCAUCCCUUCCGCUGAGGACGAAGAUUUCAACUACAGGUUCAACUCUGUAAGCUUCAAGGGCAAAGAAGGCUGGAUCAUCGGCAAGCCAGCUAUUCUGCUGCACACCUCAAAUGCUGGAGAGAGCUGGGAAAGAAUACCUCUCAGUGCCCAACUUCCUGGGAACAUGGUUUACAUAAAAGCUACGGGGGAGCAGAGCGCGGAGAUGGUUACCGACGAAGGGGCAAUCUAUGUUACUUCCAAUCGCGGCUACAACUGGAAGGCUGCCGUGCAGGAGACUGUUUCGGCUACUCUCAACAGAACAGUUUCAAGUGGCAUUAGCGGUGCAAGUUACUACACUGGGACUUUCAACACGGUGAACCGGUCACCUGAUGGACGCUACGUGGCUGUAUCCAGCAGAGGGAACUUCUAUCUGACAUGGGAGCCUGGGCAGCCAUUUUGGCAACCACACAACAGGGCGGUGGCACGGAGGAUUCAGAACAUGGGGUGGAGAGCAGACGGUGGGCUUUGGCUGCUGGUGCGCGGUGGUGGACUCUUCCUCAGCAAAGGAACUGGGAUAACUGAAGACUUUGAGGAGGUGCAAGUGCAGAGCCGGGGGUUUGGAAUUCUUGACGUCGGCUAUCGCUCGCAGGAUGAGGCUUGGGCUGCUGGUGGGAGCGGCGUCCUGCUCAAGACCACAAACGGAGGGAAGAACUGGGUGCGUGACAAGGCUGCUGACAACAUCGCUGCCAACCUCUACUCCGUCAAAUUCCUUGAUGACAGGAAAGGCUUUGUGCUCGGCAACGACGGCGUGUUGCUUCGAUAUCUUGGCUGAAAUGAGCUGCCAAAAUGCUGCGAGCUCGGUCUCGAUCGUGUUAGCCUUUUUGUAUAUGAUGAUGACGAUAUAUACUUGAUCGAUGUACGUAUGUAUACAACGUGUAACGGCUUUAAUUUGCUACCACUGUAAAAGGAGUAUCUCACUCAUGUGGUCAUGUGUAAGCAUCUUGGAUUAGAGAUCGCUUGAUGCACUUCCAGCAAAAAGAAGAUGCUUUGUUUUAGGAAAAUGAAAGGAGAUGCUUUUGUACCA